CGAAUCAGUCAUCUCGUGUGCGUUACUCGAACAACUUCUAUGGUUUAGCGGUUCGGAUUUUAUUCAAGGAGCAAAACAAAACAAAAAACCCAAAGACGGCAAAAAAUUAAAAAAAAAUAUUAAAGCAAAAUCAUCACCAGAAAGCAGACAUAGUUUGAAACUGAAAUUUUAAUUAAAAUGCUGCCUCGUUCAGCUACACUCUGCUGCUUGUGGCUAAUCAUCGGGCUGACACUUGUUCGCGGAUGCACUAGAGCUCCAACACAUCUACCACAUGGCAGACGGACACGAGGUGAUAAUGGAUACAAACUAAUUGUGGCUGAUGGCCCCAAUGGCUAUGUGCCUGGAAAAGCCUACAACAUUCUUCUGCUGGGAUCACGUACUCAUACAAAAGUUCAACAUUUUACCCAUUUCUCUAUCACUGCCGAGGCACAUAUCGGAGGAAGACGUCCCAUACCAGCAAAUCCUCAACGUGUUGGUCGUUUCCAAUUGUUUAGUGACUCCUUGACCAAAUUCAGUGAUCGUUGUGUCAACACCGUAGCAGAAGCUGAUGAUUUGCCAAAGACUGAAAUUCAAGUAAUGUGGGUAGCUCCAGAAGCUGGUUCGGGAUGUGUAGCGCUGUCAGCUAUGGUCUAUGAAGGCCCCAGAGCAUGGUAUUCCGAUGAUGGUCAACUAACGCAAAUUAUAUGUGAGAAGAAACCCGAUCAUACCACUGUGCAAAAGGAAUGUUGUGCUUGCGAUGAGGCCAAGUAUAGCUUCAUUUUCGAAGGCAUUUGGUCCAACGAAACCCAUCCCAAAGAUUACCCCUUUGCUGUUUGGCUUACACAUUUCUCCGAUAUUAUUGGUGCCUCUCACGAGACUAACUUCUCCUUUUGGGGUGAAAAUCACAUAUCUACCGAUGGUUUCAAGUCUUUGGCUGAAUUUGGCUCACCCACUGCUUUGGAAACUGAACUGAGAGCAAAGGGUCCCAAAUUACGUACUCUCAUCAAGGCAGCAGGUCUUUGGUAUCCCAAUGUUAAUACAAAUACUUCAUCGACUUUCCGUGUAGACCGUAGGCAUAACAAAGUGUCGAUGGUCUCAAUGUUUGGCCCUUCGCCCGAUUGGGUUGUGGGCAUCAGUGGCGUGGAUUUAUGUACAUCCGAUUGCUCCUGGAAGGAGUCUAUGGAUUUCGAUUUGUAUCCAUGGGAUGCUGGCACCGACAGCGGUAUCACUUAUAUGUCACCCAAUUUGGAAACUCAACCCAGAGAACGCAUGCAUCGCAUAACGGCCAUGUACCCAGAAGAUCCUCGAGCACCAUUUUAUAAUCCUCAAACUAAGGAAAUUACACCUCUGGCAAAAUUGUAUAUAAGGCGUGAGAAAAUUAUUUCCCGUAGCUGUGAUGAUGAGUUUUUGCAAGCCUUGCAGUUAGAGGUUUCUGAUGACUCCGAAGACCAAGAUACACGAGUUGAAUGUGCCGUCACCGAAUAUUCCCCCUGGGCACCCUGCUCUGUGACCUGUGGCAAAGGAAUUCGCAUGAGAACUCGUCAAUAUGUGAAUCCCGAGAAAGCCGAAAUGUACAAAUGCUCCAAACAGUUAAUAUCCAAAGAGAUGUGUGUGUCUCCCAUUCCGGAAUGCAGUUCUGAACAAGAUGAAGAUGAUGAGGGUGAAAAUUUGGCCAAUUCAGCUUCUUUGGUCAACGAAAAUGGCGAUGGUGCAGGUAUUUGCCAAACAACUCCUUGGAGUCCCUGGUCAGAGUGUUCUGCCUCCUGUGGCAUUGGCAUUACCAUGCGUACUCGCACUUUUAUUAAUCACUUGGGCCGCAAACGUUGUCCCCACAUCACCAUUGUUGAAAAACAGAAAUGUAUGAGACCCGAUUGUACUUUCGAACAAGUCGAAUUACCCGAUCCCAUGUGUCCCACCACUCAAUGGAGCGAUUGGAGUCCCUGCUCUGCCACCUGCGGCAAAGGAGUAACAAUACGAACCCGCGUCUUACUAUUGGAGGAGGGAACGGUUAAGGAAGAAUGUACCAGGCGCAUGGAAUUGAAUCAACAAAAAGAAUGCUCGGUGUCCCAAGAUUGCAAUAUUAACUAUGAAAUGGCCAAGGAAAUCUGCGCCAGCCGUUUGGAUGGAGGUCCUUGCCGCGGCAAUUACAUGCGCUAUGGCUACAACAAGGAUACUGGACAUUGCGAAUCAUUCACCUAUGGCGGCUGCCGAGGCAAUCGCAAUAAUUUCUUAACCGAAAAUGAUUGCAUGAACACCUGCAGUCUCAUGGUCUCGCCCCAGGCCAGCCAAAUAACCACGUCUAGGCCAGCACCCAUAAUAAAUGUGCCUUCAUAUCGCCCUUACAGCAUGGCCAACGAUGAUUCUGUGCCAGAGGGAUGCAUUAUGUCCGACUGGUCAAAUUGGUCCGAGUGCAGUGUACGUUGUGGUCUAGGUUAUUCAGAACGUUAUCGUUAUGUAAUUUCAGAGCCUAGAAAUGGUGGUCAGCCAUGCCCUAAGCGUACGGUCAAGAAACGUCGUUGCACCAUGACCGAUUGUUAAGUGGGUUGGUUACGUGUUCAAGUAGAGAAUGAGAAGAUUCACUCUCUCUCUCUCUCUUAAAAAAAGAUAUAUUAAGAAAAGUUAUAUUGUUAAUAUAUACACUUUGUAAUUUGUAAUUGCAAAGAAUAAAGCUUAAGAAAGUGUUGACAAAAUUGCCAGCAAAUUUCUAUAACAA